AUGCGGCUGGAGCCAACUGACCUGGUCCCCAAGUACGGACUCCACGCGUCACGCUGCCCCGCGCCUGAGACCCCGGUGGACGCCAAGGAGCCCGAGACUCCCCGCGAGCCCGUGGCCGUUGCUCCCGCCCUCGGCGACUCCACUCCCACCGGCGGCGCCAUGAGCCCCGCGUCUGCGCUCGUCCUCCUGCUGCUGCUGAGCCCGGGCGCGGGCGGCCUCCCGCAGCCCCCGGCUCCCCGCCGACCUGGCGCCGACGGCCCCGACGCGCUGGGCUCGCCUCGGGACGGCCUCGGCGCAGGCGACCGGCGGCUCUGGCGCCGCGGAGCCCGGGCCCGCCUCAGCCUGAGGAGGCGCGCGGCGCCCGGGGCCGGCGCCGUCCUGAGCGGCCAUGGCCGCCUGCGCCCGGCGCCGCGCGGGCCCCGCCUCAGCGUGCGCGUCCUGCUGCGCGCCCCGCGCCUGUCGCGCCGCGCGGCGCCUGCGCACGUCGACGUGCACGUGCGGGCGCCCGGCGGCCGCCUGGCCCUGGCCUGGGCCGUGCCGCUGGCGCCACCGCUGAGGCGGCCGCCCGGGCUCCCGGCCUGGGCCUUCCUGCUGCGGUGGCUCGGGCCUGGGGAAGCCCGUGGCGCCCGCCGCGCAGCCCCGGCCCUGCGCUUCUGGCCCCGCUCCGUCCUGCCCGAGCCAGGCCCCUCCGCCGACUUCGUGGCCCAAACCCCGUGUCCCACAGACGGGCCCGUGCCCGUCGUCUUGGAAGCGGCCAAUGCGUCGGGCCACAGAGCCCUCGAGUCUUCGGUGUCCUGUCAGGUGUUUGGCUGCCGCCUCUACGAGGUGAGGAUCAACAGGGACGUGGACGGGGCGCCUGUGCGCAUGACCAGGAAUGACGAAGUCACCCUCAACACCACCACGGACAUGAACUGCAGGAGAUAUCAGAUGCUGUACCAGAAGUGGUAUUUGUAUUCCGUGCCCGCUGUGGGCGAUGUGCCCGAUUGGAAGCAGCGUUUGCCGUUGACUGGGCUGGGGGACAGCAGGGACCCGACCAUCAUGCGCAUCCCCAAGGCUUCCUUAAGUUGGGGCGUGUACUUGUUCAAUUUCACGGUGAUAAUCACCACGUGGGAUCCCACCGACAGAGAGCUCAGAGACUCGGACUCCAUCUACGUGUGGGUCGUCCGAAGCCCCCUGGUGGCCGUUCUUGCAGGGGAUGCAAACAUCACAGUCAAUUACACAGAUAAGCUGAUUCUGAAUGGGAGCAUGUCCUCGGACCCCGAUGAAAAUAACACGUUGCAGGGGGUCCUCUUUUCCUGGUACUGUACCACGAAUCCAAAAAACUACAAGGGAGAUCAGAUACACGAGGUGAGCAAGGAAGUGUGUCACCCAUCCCAGGCUAACCUGAGGUGGCCAAAGGCCUGGGACCCUGUGCUGGCCCUCUCACCAGGAACGCUUCAGGGGGGCCAGGCCUACUUUUUCAGAAUGGCGAUUCGCAAAGGAAACCGAAAAGCACAUUCUGAUAAAACGGUACACGUGCUGCCGGGACCAAAACCUCUAGCACACAUUUUAUGCCUUGAAAACUGUGGAAGCCAUUUAAUUGUCUCAGACCGGUUUUCUCUGUAUCUCAAUUGCACCGACUGUGUAAGCAGUGAUUUGUAUAACUGGUCAAUUGUGUCUGAGCGGGACGUGGAGAUGCCUUUUGAUUGGACAGGGCAAACGUUCACGGGGAGGAAUACUGCUUAUCUGUGUGUGAAAGCUUUUGCUCUCAGUCAUUUUGUGGAAGCUAAGUUUUGGUUUUCUGUACGUGUCACAAGUUGGGGUGGGAAGACCCUGGAAUUCAAGCAUCCCAUCGUUAUGAACCAUGGCCCUCAAAGCGGAGAAUGCAAAAUUAAGCCAGCCAACGGAAUUGCAUUUGUCACCAAAUUUGUGAUUGCGUGUAAUAAUUUCACAGAUAAGCACGUUCCUCUGACAUAUAAAAUGAUAGUUUCUGAUUUGGAAAGUAUAGCUGAAAUCAGUUCCGUGAAAGAGAACACGCUGGGGGCCAUCCUGCACUUGGGGACAGACUUCACAGCGCCCCGCUCCUUUCUCCCUGUCGGUGUGCCAGCUGAAGGUCACAAGUUGAAGAUAAUUGUUCAGGUUUAUGACUCUCUGGGAGCUUUUACUCAGGUAACCUUGUACUCCACAGUGGAGCCUCCUACGAGCAAAAACUCAUCCAAGAUGGUGCUGGACCAGUUACUGAAUUCUACCAUGGGCCCAAAUUCAUCACUGUCCAUUCUACUUCAAGACCAGAAGUUUUUACCCGCAGGUUACUUAAUGUAUGUUAUAGCUUCCAUUUUAAAUAACAUGAAGCCCGAACUGGCUUUGCAAGGUGACAAAGUCAGGCUGCGCGAACACCUUCUCAACCAGUCUUCCGUUCUCCCAGUGAGCAGUUUAGUGGACAUCAGCCAAGUAGUUGUGACCGUCGCCAAAUUAACCCAGAAAGCCUCUGAAUUCACUCAAUCUGCUCGGCAAAACGCCACCAUGAGGAUGUGGCUGGCCAACCAAAGCCUGCAAAAAUAUCAGCGGAAAGAUAAGCACUUCCGCUGUGAACAGAUAGAAAUCGUAAGCUCUGGAAUAUUGACAAGCCUGUCUAACAUCCUGAAGCAGAGUGCCCACCACGCAGUGUACCAAGAUCCUUUCUAUCUGGCAGAAUCCCUGUCAGAGACCCUGCUGACUUGCAAGGUGCCAGCGAAUGAAGCCAUGGUGAAGAAUGCCAACUUGAGGAUGUACUUUGAGAAAACAGAGAAGGGCAAUGUGACCCAGGUCUUCAAAAACAAAUUCUGCCAACAUUGUUUUCAGGCCACCCUCAAUGGGAGCAGAGUUCCUGGUCUGCCCAUUAAGACUGUGGUCUCUACAGUGUUUUGGGAAUUUGUCGAGGACCCCUUUCCUUGGCUGCAUUACCCAGAAACCACUUCAGCCGAGGUGGUUGGAUUCAGGAUGUGGGGAGCCGCGGAGAAUGCGGACGCCAGAGAGAUCACACCCAACGUGCUGGAAGUGUUCCUCAACAGGAAGAACUUGACCUUUGCCACGUUUAACCUCACCGUGGGACCUGAUGAGAAGGCGGAUGGGUCCUUGAGGAAGACCACAGGGGGCUUCAGCUUUGAGGUGGACCAUAGAGACGUGACGGAGGUGCUGGUUCAUAUUGUGACAGAAGUGACUGUGUGGUUCAAGGCGCUGGUGUACAUGGGCAGUCAGGUCACUCCCACCGGUCUGGUUGCAACGUUCCUCGUGCCUCUCGACGUCCCUCCGAUUGCCAACCAGACUGACCAGUUUGACCCGGACUGUGCAGUGAAGCAGGCCCGUGUGAUCUGCCUCCCCACAUCCCUGCUGCAAAUCAUAGCUCAGCGCAGCCAGUCGCCCAAGUGUGCCAUAAUCGUGAUGCUCGAGGCACCUCGCUUUGUCCAGAAGCCCAACAGCAUGCUCGUGAAAAUCUCUCUUUUCAGCGUUCACUGCUUGGGCAUGUAUACGAUCCAGAGUGACUGGAGAGAAGAUUACUGCAGGCUUGGCGAGAGAACCACCUGGGAGAAGGUGCACUGUGUCUGCAAGAACGUGGGGCGGGCCAAGCGGCAGCUGAGCAUAAAGAACCUGCCCAAUAUGCAGCUGCACACGCACUUCCUAACUGCCAAGGUCAUCGUGGUCCCCAAUCCUGUGGACCUGCGCAUCAAGAACAUCAAGAACAUCAGCCAGAACCCAGUGACCCUCUUCACCGUGCUCUCCAUCAUGCUCCUGUACAUCAUCCUGGCCUUCUGGGCCCUGCACAGGGACGAGAUGGACCAGUUCCUCCGGGACAACAUCAUAAUUCUACCUGAUAACGAUCCUUAUGAUAAAAUCUGCUACCUGGUCACUGUUUUCACAGGAAGUCGUUGGGGAUCUGGGACCAGGGCCAACGUCUUUGUUCAACUUACAGGAACAGAGGGUGUCAGUACUGUGCAUUGUUUAAGCCACCCAUAUUUUACAACUCUGUACCGGGGGAGCAUCAACACUUUUCUCCUAACGACAAAAAGUGACUUGGGGGACCUGCAUUCCAUUCGUGUCUGGCACAACAACGAGGGCACAUCUCCUAGCUGGUAUUUAAGUCGGAUCAAGGUAGAAAAUCUGUUUAGCAGACAGAUUUGGCUGUUCAUGUGCCGGACGUGGCUCUCUGUGGACACUGUUUUGGACAGAACCUUCCAAGUUAUGCCACCAGACAUGCCUCUGAGAAAAAAGGAUUUCUUCCUUAUUGAUAUAUCUAAAAAUCUUGCAAAAAAUCACAUAUGGUUCUCUAUUUUUGCCGGUGUGGUUGCCAGGCCAUUCAACCGGCUCCAGAGACUGUCUUGUUGUUUAGCAUUAUUGCUAAGCACUCUUCUUUGCAAUAUUAUGUUCUUUAAUGCAAACAAAGAACAGGAGGACAAGUCCAGAGAUAUGCAGUACUUUAGAUCAAUGGCAAUAGGAAUUGAAAGUGCCCUCAUUACGGUCCCUGUGCAAUUACUAAUAACCUUUCUGUUCAUCCAUUCCCAGAAGACACAUCAAGUGAGUUUAGACGAGGUAGCUCCUCACAAGCAUCCGGUGAUGUCAGAAGAGACCGGUUACUGGGACGAGCAUCUGAACACGUGGCACGCUCAAGAGACUGCUGAGGAACACUCCAAGGAGCUCGCGAAGCCCAAAUCCAAGCAGAAGCCCAAAUCCCAGAAAAAGGCCAAAUCCCAGGUGAAGCGUGUGUCUCACAGGGCUUCUGAGAAGAAACCCUUGAAAACAGGAUCCAGGCAUGCAAAAACAGGAGCCAAGGCCUCAGACAUCCGUAGAGCCAAUAAAAAUUUCAGUAACAAUACGGUAAUAGAGGAUCCAGAGGUUUACUCUGAAUCAGCUUCUGAUGAGCAUCCUAAGCCUGUUGAAAAGAAGCGACAGAUUGUCCUGCCUUCAUGGUGUGUUUAUUUAGCAUGGUUCUUGGUUUACACCACUUCCAGCAUAUCUGCUUUCUUUAUCGUCUUUUAUGGACUGACUUAUGGCUAUGCGAAAUCGAUAGAAUGGCUCUUUGCCUCUUUCUGUUCAUUCUUCCAGUCUGUUUUUGUCGUGCAGCCUUCUAAAAUCAUACUGUUGUCUGGUGCCCGAACUAAUAACCCCAAGUUCUGCAAAAACAUCCCGUGGUCCACCAGGUAUCACUACAGUGAGAUCAGGCUUGAUACAGCAAGUAUGGCCCCAGAAGACAGGGAGAGGCUGCACCGUCACAUUGCUAGACUCCAAGCGUCCAGGAUGUACCAGCCCCUCACGGAAGAUGAAAUCAGAAUAUUCAAAAGGAAAAAGAGGAUCAAGAGAAGGGCCUUUCUCUUCCUGAGUUACCUCCUCACCCACUUUGUCUUCCUCGUCCUCCUGCUGCUGCUCAUCGGGCUGCUGCGCCACACCGACAGCUUCUACUACAACCAGUGUAUUCAUGAUCGCUUCUCUGCGGACCUGGAUUCUGUCACAAAGCUGGAGGACAUCUACAGGUGGCUUAACAGCGUGCCCGUACCUCUGUUCCACAAUGACCAGAAUCCAACAUUCCUUCCAGACAGUUCGUCGAAAAUCCUCGGCCUUCCGCUCCUGAGGCAAGUGAGAGCAAAAUCGGGUGGAAAGCUCUGUCUGCCCAGCGCCAACCUCGUGCACACCAGCACCAUGAAAGAAAUCCAUUGCCGUCCCCAAUACAGUGUUGACCCAGAAGACACAAAAGACUAUUCUAGCUUUUGGAACGAAGUGACCAAGCGGCAGGUGGGCAAGAAAGUCAGUGGCUUUACUUACAAGCCUCGGGAGACGCGUUGGGUAUACUAUUCCCACGGGCUGUUACAUACCUAUGGAUCAGGCGGCUAUGCCUUCUAUUUUUUCCCAGAAGAGCAGCUGUUUAAUUCCACCGUGAGGCUCAGCGAACUCCAAGCAAGCAGAUGGCUGGAUGAGAAGACAUGGGCCGUGGCUUUGGAACUAACGACCUUCAAUCCUGAUGUGAAUCUGCUCUGUAGCAUUUCUGUCCUAUUUGAGGUCUCUCAGUUAGGAGUUGUCAACGCGAGCCUCUCUCUGCACUCCUUCACACUUGCCGAUCUCAACCGGAAAACCUCAGCGGAAAUCUACCUGUAUGUAGCCAUUCUCAUAUUUUUUUUUGCCUACAUCAUUGAUGAAGUCUACAUCAUGACACAAGAGCGAGCUUCCUACGUGCAGAGUGUGUACAACCUCCUCAAUUUGGCUUUGAAGUGCUUCUUUACUGCACUGAUUGUGCUGUUUCUCAGGAAGCACGUCUUGGCCACCGGUGUGACAGAGUUUUACUUGUCGAACCCCAAAGACUUCAUUCCCUUCCAUGCGGUUUCCCAAGUGGAUCACGCCAUGAGGAUCACGUUGGCUUUCCUGCUGUUCCUGACCAUUCUAAAGACCCUCAGAUAUUCCAGAAUCUUCUACGAUGUGCGCCUGGCUCAGAGGGCCAUCCAGACCGCCCUUCCUGGCAUCUGCCACAUGGCAUUGGUGGUGUCUGUGUAUUUCUUCGUGUACAUGGCUUUUGGGUAUCUGGUAUUCGGUCAGCACGAGUGGAAUUACAGCAACUUGAUCCACGCCACUCAGACCAUAUUCUCCUACUGUGCCUCAGCUUUCCAAAACACGGAGUUUUCCCACAACAGGGUUCUUGGGGUCCUGUUCCUCUCUUCCUUCAUGCUGGUGAUGAUCUGCAUCUUGAUCAACCUGUUCCAGGCCGUGAUCCUGUCUGCCUACGAGGAAAUGAAGCAGCCGGUAUAUGAGGAGCCGUCAGAAGAAGUGGAAGCCAUGACCUACCUGUGUCACAGGCUGAGGCCAAUGUUUCGCUUUAUGAGUCCCCAGCCGAGGGCCGCAGAGGAGCCCGAGUUCUUCAAUGACAUGCAGUACGGACAGCAGCCCGAGUUCUUCACUGAAAUGCUGUAUGGACAGCCUGAGAAGAAGAGCCACCGGUAUCUGGGGCUGAAGACCAGAAACAUCAAUGGGAAGAAGAGGGUUUACCUCGUGGUUUGAUUUCUAGAGGCACCAGGGCAGAGCUU